AUGAAUUCCUCGCUUCAAAGUCGAUAUGUUUAUUUGAGUUGCUUUCUCGGCUUCACUGCGAACGGCUUUCUACUGUAUUUUAUUCUCACCGAUAAAUCGAAGUCUCACAAUGGAUAUAAACGAAUUUUGGGCAUUAUCACACUGUAUAAUCUCUACUAUGGACUCGUGCAUGCAGUCACGGAUAUGGUCAAGAUUUUA